UUUCAAUAUUGUUUAUUUCAUUUACUUGUCAUCACAAAAUUGCAUCACGUUGAAAUACACCAUCAGGGUUAAUCUUAUUUUUAUCCAUUUUGGGUAUGUGUUUACUAGGCUUUUGAAUAACACAAAUCGUUCAAAUUUGCUCGACUCUGCAUGAUGUUCCAGUUCCACACUAAAUGAUGCACCUGGAAUUCUGAAUAAUGAUCUCUUACUCCCCAUCUGUGUAUUUUGAUAGGUGCAUGCUGCUUCACUGAUACAUGAUGACUUGCCAAGCAUGGACAAUGAUCCAUUCCGAAGAGGCCAACCUUCAAACCACACAAUCUUUGGGGUUGACAUGGCAAUCCUUGCUGGUGAUGCUUUGUUCCCACUCGGCUUCCGUCACAUUGUCUCCCAUACCUCUUCGGACCUUGUACCUGAGACUCAACUUCUUCGUGUUGUUGCUGAGAUCGCCCGAGCCGUGGGGUCCACUGGCAUGGCUGCUGGUCAGUUUGUUGACCUUGAGGGUGGGCCCAACGCAGUUGAAUUCGUCCAAGAAAAAAAAUAUGGUGAAAUGGGUGAGUGCUCAGCUGUUUGCGGAGGCCUAUUAGCUGGUGCUACGGAUGAUGAGAUUCCGCGGCUAAGAAGGUAUGGACGAGCGGUUGGAGUAUUGUAUCAAGUGGUUAAUGAUGUGUUGGAGGCGAAAUUGAAGAGCGAGGACAAAGACGAGAAGAAGAAGAAAAAGGGUAAGAGUUAUGUGGCGAAGUAUGGGGUGGAGAAGGCUAUGGAGGUGGCUGAGGAUCUCAAAGCACAGGCUAAGAGGGAGUUGGAUAGUUUUGAGAAGUAUGGUGAGAGAGCAGAACCCCUCUACAGCUUUGUAGAUUAUGCUGCUCAUAGAAGUUUUAGUAUUGGUGGAGUUUAA